AUGUUAACUGUUCAGUUGGUUGAUGUAGAUAAUCGUCACAAUCAACAACAAAAACAAAAACAAAAACAACAACGUCAACAACAUCCAAAUUUUAAUAAUCACCAUAGUUACUGUAUUGGUCAUUAUCCGACUUGUUAUCACCAAUCAUAUCUUAUGCCACAAGAUCAUCAUACUUAUGAUAACAAUAAUCCAAUAACAAAAUUAACAGCUCUUACAUUCAGUACUUCAACAUGUCUUAAUAAUAAUUUUACUGAUAGUAAUAUUAUUAUUAAUCAUAGUAACAAGUUCACAUUUAUAAAUUCAAAAAAAAAUCACUCAAAAUAUUGUUGUUCCUCUUCUUUCUCUUCUUCUUCUUCUUCUGCAGUUAAUAUCAAUAUUUAUUCUAAUUCUAUGAUCAAACAUCAUUUGGACAAAGUUAAUGAAUUAAGACAAGAGGAAGUCAGGAGAAUAGAAAGACAACAUAAUAAAAAUGAUAAUAAUAAUAAUUUACAACAAAUAAAAUCAAGUCAAGAUUAUGAAUAUGAUCCCAUUCAAACUGAUCUUGAUCCUAAUCAUUCUGAUCAAUAUCAAGAACAAAAUAUUUUAAAAACAGAAGAAUUAAUAAUGGAUGAAAAUUGUAUAGAGAAAAAUAUACUUACAAUGACAAACUUAAUUAAAGAUAAUAAUAAUCAUGAUACAAUUAUAGAUAAUGAUCAUUCUAUACUACUUAUUAAUGAAAAUAAUUCUAUUCAACAAAAGAACUCAAUUGACAAUAUAAAACCUUUAAUAUUAGGAAAUUUAAUUUGUUCAUCAGAUGAAAUGAAAAAUUACCAGUGUACGAAUUUCUAUUCAAAAUUAUGGGAUCCAAUUAAAAAUGAAACAGAAUUUUCAAUGAAUGUUGAUCCGUCUAUUUCAAUUACAAAUAAUUCAAUGAAUUCAAUUGAAAAUAAUCAUACUACUGAAAGUAAUGAUUAUGAAUUUUCUACUGUACAAUGUAAAAAUUUAUCCUAUGAAUUUGCAAGCUCAAAUAUUCCUAAUUUAUGUAAUGUGACGGAAAAACUUUGGUCAUUGUCAUCAUCAUCAUCAUCAUCAUCGUCGUCGUCAUCGUCGUCAUCAUCAUCAUCAACAACAUCAACAUCAUCAUCAUCAUCAUCCUCGAUAUCGGAAACAUCAGCUGUAGAAUCAUCGUCAUUAUUAUCAUCAGCAUCAAUAAUAUUAUCAGACAGAUUAGAAGAUAAACGAACAACAUUUCCACAAUCACUUGAGUUAAUUAAUUUACAUUGUACUUCAUGUCAUGAAUGUAUACAUGAUAAAUUAUUCUUAUGUAUGGAUAAUAAAUAUUGGCAUUUGAAUUGUUUAAGAUGUUAUAAAUGUGGUAUUACAUUACAAUGGGAGAAAACAUGUUUUGUUAAAAAUGAUAUGGUUUUCUGUCGUGAACAUUAUAAAAGAGAAAUAUUUAAAGAACAAAAAAUUAAAACAAAACGACAGAUGAAACAGCAAUAUGAUGAAAAACGUUUAUUCACUGAUUCCAUUGUAGAUGAUGAUGAUGAUGAUGAUGAUGAUGAUGAUGAUAAUGAUGAUAAUGAUGAUGAUGAUGAUAAUGAUGAUGAUGAUGAUAAUGAUGAUGAUGAUGAUGAUGAUGAUGAUGAUGAUGAUGAUGUUAACACGUUACUUCUAUGUGUACGUAUUUUUUGUCUUUUUUUAAAUUCUAAUAGUCAUUCUAGAAAAAAGAAGAACAGUAUGAUGAACGUUUUGUUAAAAAAAUAUAUUCUUAGACUUUCUUCUUGUUCCCGAUGUGGUAUUAAAUUAAAUAAAAAUGAUUUAAUAUUUCAAGUUAAUUAUGAUACUUUAUAUCAUGAAUCAUGUUUCACUUGUUAUAGUUGUGGUCGAUUAUUAAAAUAUGGUGAUACUUAUAUAUUAGAAAAUCAAACUAUUCAAUGUUCAUUACAUAAUCAUACUACUACUAAUAAUAGUAAUCAAUCAUUUACUAUGAAUAAAACAUUAUUAUCAACCGAUCCAAUAACUGAAGCUAAUCAAUCUUAUAAUAUUCAAUCAACUAUAUCCACAUCUCAUAAUUCAUUAAAUAUAAAUAAUAAAUUUCCCAAUUUAAUUAAUUUUUUGCAAUCAAAUAAUUCAAUUAAUUUAUUUGGAGAGAAUAAUAAUUUUCAUAAAAAUGUUGAAAUAAUAAAAAAAAAUUAUUUUCCAAAUUUAUUAACAAAAUCCUCUUAUCAACAGCAAAACGAUUUAUCGAUUAUUUAUGAUACUACUACUAAUAAUAAUAGUAGUUUAACUAGUAAUAAUGAAAAUAAUCCGCAAAAACUUUUCCCACUUAUUCAAUUAUGUAAUACAAAUGAAAGAAAUUCAAUAGAAAAUGUAAUUAUUGAUUAUUCAGCAGAGCAAUUAACUCCUUUAAUAUUAUCCAAUUCAAAUCAUAUUGAUGAUUGUCAAAAUUAUUUAAUGAAACCUCAUAAUGAAGAUAUCAAUGAAUGUCUUUCUGAUUGUUCACAAAUCCCUAUUAAAAAUUUUUCAUUUCAUGAUAAAGAUUUAAAUAAAUUAAAUAAUUCACAAUUUUGUUUAAAUGAUUCAACUAUUAAUUAUAUUACUGAUAAUGUCAUUUCAAAUUCAAACUUAUCAACUAUAAAUUAUAAUGAAUUAAAUGAAUCAAAAGAUAUAACAGAAAUGGAUAAUACCAGAAUUAAUUUAUUACCAAGUAUAGAAACUGUUACACAAUCAUUUAAUACUAAAUCUAAUCAUAUAAUUGAUAAUAUCAAUAAUGAUAUGAAUACAAAUUGUAUAUUGAAUACAAUCACUACUAGAACACCAAUUAGUACAGUUUUAACUUCACCAUUAUAUUCAUUUUGUUCUCAAUCAUCAUCAUCAUCGUCCUCAUCGUCCUCCUCAUCAUCUUCUUCCUCAUCUUCUUCACCUUCAUUAUCAUCCAUAUGUAUUUCAUUAUCAACUUCACCACCAUUAUGUCCUGUUGGAAAUUUUACAAAUGUGAAUUCUGUAUCAAAAAUUGGUAUACCUACAAAUAAAGAUGUACAUAAUAAUAUAAUCACAUUAAAAGAUACUAAUCAAAAUCAUUGUAUAAAUAAAAGUGAAUUAUCAAUGUUAACUGAUUUAUGUGAAAUUUCAACGAAUAAUUCUAAUGAAAAUAUGAAUUCAAUGAAUAAACAACAAUCUUUAUUCAAUGAAACUAUAACAAAUGAAAUAAUGAAUAAAACAACUGUGAAAUCUGUUAAUUUAUUCAAAAAUACAAAAUCAGAACCAAUAAAAUCGAUAAAAUCAAUAAAAUUUAUAAAAAAAUCAGAAAAUGAACGUUUAUUAUCUAAUGAAAAACUACAUAGACGAAUAGAUAAAAAUAAUGGAAAAAUUAAACGAAUACGUACAUCAUUUAAACAUCAACAAUUAAGAAUAAUGAAAUCUUAUUUUGAAUUUAGUCAUAAUCCAGAUUCUAAAGAUUUAAAACAAUUAUCACAAAAAACUGGUUUAUCUAAACGUGUUUUACAAGUAUGGUUUCAAAAUGCACGCGCUAAAUUUCGUCGAAAUGUAACCAAUCAAAUUUGUUCAGAAAAAUUAAAACAAAAAGAAAUCAAUUCAAUCAAUCAAUAUAAUACAACACAAAAUAUUAAUCAAUUAAAAGAGAUAAAUUGUCAAAAUUUAUAUCCAUGUAUCACUACCUAUGAUUAUAAUGAAGAAAAAAUCGAUAAUAUUUAUACAAAAUCAAUAAAUUCCGAUUUUAAUCUUUAUGUUCAUGUUCCAACAAAUUCAAAUAAUGAAUUAUUAAUUGAUAAUUUAAUACAACCAAAUGAUAUACAAUCUGAUUUAUUAUGUUCAACAAAUAAUUUAUCAUCAUAUUCUGAUAAUUUAUCUCAAUCAGUUCGAUAAUUAUAAAUGAAUAAUAAAUAUAAAUUGUAUAAUUUAAAUACAUUCCAUUUUAUGUUCUAUAACAGGUGAAUCAAUUGAUCCUAUUACAUAAUGAGACAUAGUUACAAACAACCCCCCAUCCAUCUAACCAACCGGCCCCACCCCCCCCACACACACGCACUCAUACAUAUCAUUCUCUCUUAUCAUCAAAAUAAAAUAUACCAAAUAUUCACUAUAUAUAAACACUAUAAUUUUAAGAAUUGUCAUCGACUAUUAUUUAUUUAUUUCCAUUCAAUUAAUAAUAAUGAUCAUAAUAGUUUGAAUCUCUU